AUGGAUUCCCGGGCCGACGACAAGAUGGUGUGUGACACCCCAACGGACCGCUCCGUCGUCGCGUCCGAAGACAAGCCCGAGUGGGAUACCGAACAAGAGCAGAAGGCUAAGAGGAAAGUCGACCUCACCGUCCUCCCGCUCCUUGUCCUGGGCCUGCUCAUGUUCCAGCUUGACCGCAUGAACCUCGCCAGCGCCCUCACCGCCGGGUUUGCAAAGGACAUCGAUGUCAGCCAGGAUACCAUCAACCUCGGGAACCAGCUCAUGUUCAUGGGCACCGUCGUGCUGGAGAUUCCGUGCAACCUGCUUCUGCAAUGGUUCGGGCCCCGGAAAUGGAUCUCCCUCCAGGUUCUCCUCUUCGGCCUCGUCGGCACCCUCCAAGUCCUCGUCAAGAACCGCGCCGGCUUCCUCGCCGUCCGCCUCAUGCUCGGCCUCACCGAGGCGGGCUACAUCCCAGGGUCCAUUUACACCCUCUCGACCUGGUACACUAAGCGCGAGCUGGCGAAGCGCAUCGCCGUCUUCAUGUUUGGGCAGUUUGGCGGCAACGCCCUGAGCCCCCUGGUCGCGUCGGGAAUCCUGAAGCUGGCGGGCAAGGGAGGGUUGGCGGGGUGGCAGUGGCUUUUCUUGAAUGCAGUCGAGGGCCUCGUGACGCUCGUCGUGGCGCUAAUGCUCAUCUUUCUCCUCCCAGGGUCCCCCGACAUGCCGAAGCCGCUGGCAAGCGCGGGCAUCGUCCGCUUCACGGCUGACCAACAAGAAAUACUCCAGAAGAGGAUGGAAGUUGACGAAUCCGGAAGCAGGCGCGGCGCUCGCGGCAUCGAGAUCCCCUGGGCUCUUGUCUGGAAGACUGUCAAGCAUUACAAGCGGUGGCCGCACUACGUGUCCACCUUCUGCGUCUUUUCGACAUGGUCGCCAUUGACGACCUACACCCCCUCGAUCAUCAUGGCCCUUGGCUUCGACCGAACCAGCGCAAACGCCCUCGCCGCGGUGGGCGCCUCCCUCGCCAUGGCUGUCGUCUUCGCAUUCGCUACGCUGAGCGACCGGACAAACAAGAGGGGAGCGACAGUCAUACUGGGACAUAUCUGCUACCUGACCAUCUUGGUGGUGACUCGAAGCCUCCAUCCGCACGUAGGAAAGUGGUCGAGAUGGGGGCUGUGGACAAUGAUCAACGCCUUUGCCGUCUGCUACCAUCCAGCACACAACACCUGGCUGCAGGUCAACUGCCGUGACCCUGGCGAGCGAAGUAUUGAAAUCGCGUGA